AUGUCUUCAACAUAUAAACCCUCUAUUUUACUACUGCCACCAGGAUUCGACUCCCAAAAGGCACCACUUCAACCCAUGUUAUAUCCAUUUGCUGUACCCUCGACGAGCCUUUUACCAAGACCGACUUCAAAAUCUGUGGCGAGACCAACGGUUGGUUGGAUUCCUUUAGCUUUAAAUGGAAAGGAAUUACCCUUACUACCAAAUUCGUUUUCAACAACCCCAACGCUCAGUUCUCAUCCUGUACAUGUGCUGGAAGAUCGCAUUUCACAUGAUGAGUCGCAAUAUUCGUCGCCUUCGUACAACGAUGGUCCCGUGUUUGAGUCAAUUGUUUAUGGUACUUGGAAGCCAGAUCCGCCUUUACAACCGGUUGACAUAUUGAAUGGUACAAAACAACAACAUCAUCAAAAAGAUAGUAGCAACAGCAAUAGUGGUCUUGUUGUUGAUGGAAAAGUUUAUAAUAAAACUAUAAACAGGCAACAUGGUGGGUUUAUUGGUCACAUUCAACAAAAAUCUACAAAAGCCGACAGACAAAGUCUUCAAAAGCGUAAGAAUGACAAAUUAUCUACAUCUUCAGCAUCAUUAGAACACAAAUCAAUAGAAUCAGCGGAAAUGAGUUCAGAACAGAAGCUACAAAGAAAACUAAAGAAACAAGGUCGACAAAAAAUACGACCAAUUAGCAGCACAACAGAACAAACCUCCAUCGAGCGAAACUCAAAUAAAGAUGAAGAAGAAGAAGCAACAACAACAACAAAAGAAAAUAUUGAACACCAACAAAGAGUCGUUAAAGUCAAUUCAACGGAUCCCAUAUUAAUGGAGGUGGCAAAACAAAUAAAUGAAUCAACAGAAUUCAAAUACAUAGAUCAUAAACAAACCUCAACGCAUUCCAUUGACGUGAUGACAACAGCCGGUGCUAAUGAUGAUGAUAUCGAUGAUUAUGACGAUGAGUUGGGUGUUUUAAAAACACAGUCAGCUACAAAAGCAACUGAGUUUAUGAGCACCGAACCACAAUUCAAUUAUGACGAUGAUGAGGCGGUGGAUAUUUUGGAAAACAUUAGUGCUACACGCAGAAGUUGGCCAACCGAUUUUAUGGAGGAACCACUAACAACAACAGACACAAUAAAUACACAAUCCAAUGAAUCAAUUGCUCUUGAUACUUCGGCUAACGACAGCCUCGAAACUGAUCCCUCGGAAAUACCUUUAGCACUGAGUGCUCUAAACAUACCACCCUCGUUGUGGCCCAAAUUACCCGGUAAUAUUACUAAACUGGGCAAACCCUAUGAAGCGGAGAGCUCAGCCGAGGAGCCCGCACUUUGUGUGCCCAUCACGGUGCGUGAACAAAAUAUUAUGAAUUCCAAAGAACUGGUUUUCAUCGAAAGAGUAUUUUGUUUUCCCAUGCCACUCUCCUCGACCACAUCCGAAAAUGGUUUGAGUACUGUACGAAACACCAUCACUAGUAGUAGCACCACCUUAAGAUCCGCCACAAGGGCUAAAGUUCAAAACUAUAAUGAUUUCAUCGAUUCCAUUUCAAGAGUUUCAAAUCUAUCGUGUAGUAGUUUUAAGAGUCAACUGUAUUUAGUAGCAUCUAUUUUAGUUAUUUAUUUUAAAUUUAUCGUUUAACAAGAAAAUUUGCGUACAAAAUUUAUUGAUUAAAUUGUGUGUUUUAUUUUAUUUAUUUGAAAAUUCAAA